GGCGGGGAGUGGAGCGGCGGAGCAAAGCCGUCCAGUGCGGUGCGGUCCGGUCUCUGCUCGGCGGCAGCGGGACGCGCUGCGCUGAGCUCAGCUGAGGCGGCGCGGGGGCCAUGCCCGCCGCCAGCCUGCUGCCGCUCUUCGGUAGCGCGGCGGGGCCGGGGGCUCUGGGCGGCCCCGCGAGCGGCAGCGCGGGCGGCGGCGGCAGGAAGGCGGCGGGCCCUGGUGCGUUCCGGUUGACGGAGAAGUUCGUGCUGCUGCUGGUGUUCAGCGCCUUCAUCACCCUCUGCUUUGGGGCCAUCUUCUUCCUGCCCGACUCCUCCAAGCUCCUCAGCGGCGUCUUCUUCCACUCGGCUGCCCUGCAGCCGCCGCCGCCGCCCGGCGGGCAGCCCCGCGCCCCUCCGCAGCCCGGGGGUGGCCCGGCGGCAGGAGCGGCGGCGGCGGCAGCGGCGGCAGCGGGCGGGGCGGGCAGCCUGGAGCGGAUCCGUGCGGACCACGAACGGGCUUUGCGGGAGGCCAAGGAGACUCUGCAGAAGCAGCCCGAAGAGAUCCGCAGGGAUAUCCGGCAGGACAAGGAGAAACUUCUGCAGGACGCCCGCGGCAGGAACGAGGCAGGGGCCCCCGGCUUGCCCCAGCGCCUCUUCCGCCAGCCCGUCGGAGCCGUGGGGCAGGAGCCCGCCGACCCCGCCGUCCGGCAGAAGAGGGCCAAAAUCAAAGAGAUGAUGAAACAUGCCUGGGAUAAUUAUAAACGUUACGCAUGGGGAUUAAACGAACUGAAACCCAUAUCGAAGCAAGGCCAUUCCAGCAAUUUAUUUGGUAACAUUCAAGGAGCAACAAUAGUGGAUGCCCUUGAUACACUGUACAUCAUGGAAAUGAAAGAGGAAUUCAAGGAAGCCACGGAGUGGGUUGGGAAAAACUUGGAUUUCAAUGUGAACGCAGAAAUUUCAGUAUUUGAAGUGAAUAUUCGUUUUGUCGGUGGACUGCUUUCAGCUUACUAUCUUUCAGGAGAAGAGGUUUUCAGAAAGAAGGCAGUAGAACUUGGAGAGAAAUUGCUGCCUGCUUUCAACACUCCCACUGGGAUACCGUGGGCAUUGCUCAAUAUUAAGAGUGGCAUCGGUCGAAACUGGCCGUGGGCCUCCGGCGGCAGCAGCAUCUUGGCAGAAUUUGGGACCUUGCAUCUGGAGUUCGUUCAUUUGAGUCACCUCUCUGGAAACCCUGUCUUUGCUGAAAAGGUGAUGAACAUUCGGAAAGUUCUGACUCGACUGGAUAAGCCAGAAGGCCUUUACCCCAACUACCUGAAUCCCAGCAGUGGCCAGUGGGGCCAGCAUCACGUCUCCAUUGGAGGGCUUGGGGAUAGCUUUUAUGAAUAUUUGCUCAAGGCAUGGCUGAUGUCAGACAAGACAGAUGAAGAAGGCAAGAAUAUGUAUUAUGAUGCUGUUCAGGCCAUAGAGACGCACCUCAUUCGGAAGUCAAGCGGGGGGCUGACAUACAUCGCUGAGUGGAAGGGUGGACUGCUGGAACACAAGAUGGGACAUCUCACUUGCUUUGCUGGAGGCAUGUUUGCUCUGGGAGCAGACGGAGCACCUAACGACAAGACAGGCCACCACAUCGAGCUGGGGGCAGAGAUCGCUCGGACCUGCCACGAAUCCUACGAUCGGACAAGCAUGAAACUGGGCCCGGAAGCCUUCAGAUUUGACGGUGGUGUUGAGGCCAUUGCUACAAGACAGAACGAAAAAUACUACAUCCUACGACCAGAAGUCAUAGAGACCUACAUGUACAUGUGGAGGCUCACUCACGACCCAAAGUACAGGCAGUGGGGAUGGGAAGCUGUGGAGGCACUGGAGAAACACUGCAGAGUAGAUGGUGGUUAUUCUGGCAUUAGAGAUGUUUAUAGCAAUCAUGAAAGCCACGAUGAUGUGCAGCAAAGUUUCUUCCUUUCAGAGACGCUCAAGUACUUGUAUUUGCUGUUUUCUGAAGAUGAUCUUCUUCCAUUCGAACACUGGGUCUUCAACACAGAGGCUCAUCCUCUCCCUGUUCUUCACAAAGAUGAUGAAAAUAAAGAAGAAAACCAGAAAUAGAAGAUCAAGUUCUGUUUUGUUUCAUUCCUUAUGUUUCUUUCCAGGACUUGGGCACAUCAUGAUUUGGUUUUAAUUUCCCGGGUUAGAUUUUUAAAUCAAGUGUUUUGCAGUCUGUUUUCUUUAACAGUAAGUAUUUAUGAAUGAACCCCAACUGACUGUGAUAAAACUUCAUUCCUCUUACCCAGCUGGGCCACAUCUUAGAGAAAUAAGACAUCUCUCCAGAUUUUGUUAGGCUGCAGUGUCAUCUUGGCCGAAAUGAGCAGAGAGUCUGCAUGUUGUUUCCUGUGAUGCUUUUAAUUUGACUGCAAAAUUCUUUUCUCCUCCGUGAGGAGAUGUCUGCUUUAAGCUGUAAUAUUUUGCCAUGUUGCAAAAAGCCAUAUUGAAUUAAGUAUAAAGAGCUUUUUUUUCCCCUUGUUCUUUUUUUGUUUCCUGUGUUGUUCUAUGUUAAUUUUUGUGUGUCAUCCAAGACAAAUCUUGUGACUGUGACAGCCUCUUCUUAUGCGGGUCAAUCAUCACUUGGUAAAGUACCUGAUGUAUUUCAUUGUCAAUGAAGUCUACAUAGGAAUAUUUCCAUCUCAUGCAGAUACAGCUCUGAAACUGCAGUAUUUGUUGAAGUUAGUCUGAACUUAGUUUUUAUGAAUUUAGCACAUUAGUUAGCAGACCUUAGUUUUUCAGGUUUUUAAUUAGAGUAUUGUAAUAGAAUAAAUUGUUUCCUCGCCUUUCCCAAGUGCUGUUGUUCUCAUGUCUUUAGUCAGGCUAAUACAGAGUAAAAUAAGAUACUCAUUUCAUAUCAAGGAAGGGAGUCUUACCUUCUAUAUAUAUAUUUAGUCCAGUAGCUUUCAUUUGGUUGGCUGGCAAAAAGACAAAAGAUAUCCUUAAUGACAUUUUCCUGGAAGCUGAGAAUUAUACCAGAGACUAUUUGUUUGGUUUUGAGAGGCUUUCUGAAACACUUGGACAGGCUCAGACUGGUUCAGGUUUGUUGUCACAAUGCAAUUUAAUGUGUCUACAUAAAUAAAAUCAGGUCUCCAGAUGCCUUGAAGAAAACGGAUUUCCCUAAAAGAAGAUAAUCAUUCAGAGAGGAAAUUAUCCAGUGUACAGCUAAAUUGGUCUUCUCUGAGUGACAGAACCCAGCCUGCUUGCAAUUAUCCCCUGGACUAGAGGCCUGGCUUACUAAGAAAGGUAACAGCUUUGCCAAAAAUGUUUUAUGCUGUAGCAUCACCAAAGGGAAACAAAACUAGGCACAAUUAAUUCCUCUUUCUGUGUUAAGUCUAGUUUGGAGUGGUUUACAUGAUUAUUAGGCCUACCUGUGUUUUCAUUUAAAGACAGGCUGCCUUUUGCGUGUUUUGAGUAGGGUAUGACCCCUGGCUUCCUGUUCUGAGGAAGCACAUUAAUCACUGGUUUGACUGCAGCAAAACAAACAUGGUUCUGAGCAGUGAUCUUCUUUAAAGGUAUUCAGUAAGAUAGCUGACAGGUCCAGCAGAGCUAGUCACAGCAGAGGAAGCACACUUGUUCAGGCAUUACAAAGUACAUUUUUUCUAUACUGAUAGUGGUCUGCCAGGUAGUUUUUUUCCUUAGGUAGAAACCAAGAGGAAAGAUAACAGAUCACCUUUUUCUGUACAGCAGCCAGGGGAUGAGCUGUAGACUUGACCCUCUGGAGUCUGGGAAGGCAGCACUGCCUCUCUGGCUCCUCUGCAGACAGAGAAGAUGGCAUGUGCCAAAGACAUCUAUGUAGGGGGCAAGGCAAGGGAAUCUUCAGUGAUGCUGAACCUUCCAUCACAGGACUGGCAGAGCUGAGCGUUUGUAUGUGGAGGUUACUGAGGUACCCUGCUGAGCCUGGGCAGCCCCAAGCUGGGGGAAUAGAUGCAAAUACAUCUGCAUCUGCCUCAGUUUACCUGGAACCAGCACAGUGAGUUAAGGAUUUCUCUU